AAUUAUGAAAAAUUUCUUUGUCUUAAUCAUUGUAAUUUCUUUGAGUGUUGGAUCGAACAACGCUAGUAAAAUUUUUCCGAAAAAUCGAAUAACCUUCUUAAACACUCUUGGUAGGAAUGAUGAUGUUCUCACGGUUCAUUGUAAGUCUGAAAAAGACGAUCUUGGUGUUCACUUAGUGCAUUAUGGUGACUUAUAUUCUUUUCAAUUUGGUGAUAGCUUUUUUGGUGAGACUAAGUUUGUUUGCACACUUUCGCAUGGGAUUCGUUUUAAAUCUUCGGUUACUUUUACUGCUUAUCAAGAAGAUCCUUAUUUUUACAUAAAAUUUGGUGCCCUAACCCGUUGGGAUGCUAGAACUGAUGGGAUCUAUCUUUCAAAUGAUGAUCAUGGUCCAAAGUUUAUGUAUUCUUGGUAAAAUCUUAGUCUUCAAGCCAUUAUGUCUUUUACUUUUGAUGUCAACAGAUUUCAAAAUAUAAAU